ACUUCUUCUUUGAUUACUUCGACUUGAAGUGCCAUGGAACUCAGGACAAAACUGGACAACAGAAUAUAUGUAUGACUUCAUCCAAAAAUGGCUGAACAAACGGGAAAAAUAUCCACAUUUGAAAGUAAGUAUGAUACCUUCCAUCUUCUGUUGAAUUGCAAUAGAAAAACUAAACAAUAUUAAUUUCAAAUUCGUAGGUCAUUUUAGGAAUCCAUUCCACUACUGAGCUCCUUGAAAUGACCACUCAUCCAGAAACUCGCAGUAAAUUCAUCAGACCAGCUCUUAACUAUAUUUCGCGUCACAACUUUGAUGGAUUGGAUUUGUAUUUGGAUAGUAAGAGCUACAACGAGACUGACAAAGAAGCACUAGUGUCAUUGAUGAAAGAGUUUCGGACAAUAUUUGAUUACAGCAAUUUGCUGCUAACAUCAACAUUUGGUUCAUACGAAGGAGACAAUCAAUUCAAUACAGAAGAUCCACAUUUACUUGAAAUGUCUAGAUAUCUUGAUCUUAUGCAUAUAUCUAACAAGAGCAUCAUAACUGGUUUAAUUAAAAUGAGUGUACCUUCAACGAAGAUAACCAUGCAACAGCAGUUGGAGUGUUUCAUUCGCCCAGCUUUAUAUGCGGAUGGGUCGAGUUUUAUGCCUUACUUCUAUUUGUGUCUAAUGCGUCGAAUGCAACGAAUUGAGGAAAUGCUAUGUGACGCCGAGAAAUGUCGAGUUGUAAUAGGUGGUAUAGACGAUAAACGUCGCCGUGACGUACUACAUUUUGAAACAUCUCGACACAUAGCUAAUAACAUGAGAUUUGCGAUGAGACAUAAAUUGGCGGGAGCUUUUGUCUUUUCCCCUAGUAACGAUGAUGACGAAGGUUGUCUUAUUGAACAAGACACAUUCAUGGAUUUUUAGAA